UCCAAGCCUUUUCCGCCAUGAGCCAAGCCAUUCACGAUGCCGCGGUGGCUGGCGAUUCCCUCGUCGCCGAGUUUUACGAGCGGUACCAAACCCAACGCGAUAAUCUAGUGCAAUUGUAUUCAGACUCGUCAAGCGUCAUGUGGAAUGGGAAUCUGUACUAUGGCACGGAGGCCAUCCGCGGAUUGCUCGCGCAGCUGCCUCAAUGCCGAUUCUCAAUCCACUCGUACGACGCGCAGCCCAUCACUGCCGCAGCCUCUGGAAACAUCGCAGUGACAAUGGUCUCGGUGGCUGGCUACGUGCAGUACGCCAAUAGCAGUCCAAAGCCGUUCUCCCACACAUUCGUGAUACAGAUUGACGUGACCUCGAACGCACUAUUCAUACAGAGCGAGUGCAUGCGGUUUUUGUAAAUUAUCGAUGCUGGGUGAUCUGGCUGUACAACAAAAUGUUAGGAUGUCAAACGAUCA